AUGGAAAGAAAGUGGUUCAAUUCAAUGUUGUUUAAUAGGGAUUUAGAAUAUAGGUGUGGUUUAAGUAAAUCAAUAGAUAGUUUUGAUCCUAUUGAAAAUAAUGGUGUAAAUGAAGACCCAUCUAUUUUAACUGAUGACCCAUCUAUUUUAACUGAUAUGGAUAAUGACAUUCAUAGUUGGAAGAACAAUAGUGAAAAUGAUAGUCACAGCCAUGGUGAUUAUUUAGUAGAUGUCAGCAACAUACAGAAUUUCCUAUCUGAUAAAACUUUUUUAGUUAUGGAUAGUAAUAGGAAUAGUUAUUCCAUAGAUUUUGCUAUUGAAAAUCAAAUUUUGGAGAUUGACCAUAAUCAUUCUUUUUUUAAUGAACCAGAAAGUUUUUUUGCUAGUUAUCAAAAUUAUAGCUAUUUGACAAAUGUCUCUAAGAGUAAUGAUCCUAAUUACAUAGAUGAUACUCAAUGUAAUUGGAUUAAGAACAUUAAUAGUUCGAUUGAGAGUUAUCUUUGUUAUCAAAUCUGUAUUGCUAGUUACAUUUUAGAUGAUAGUGACAACUACAAUGCCAAUAUCAGUGACUUGAAUAGUUACAUUUCCGAUGAUACAAAUGAUAGUGAUUUGUAUCAAAUAGAAAAUUCUGAUGAUACAAAUGAUAGUGAUUUGUAUCAAAUAGAAAAUUCUAAUGAUACAAAUGAUAAUGAUUUGUAUCAAAUAGAAAAUUCUAAUGAUACAAAUGAUAGUGAUUUUACUCCAAUAGAAAAUUCUAAUGAUACAAAUGAUAGUGAUUUUACUCCAAUAGAAAAUUCUAAUGAUACAAAUGAUAGUGAUUUUACUCCAAUAGAAUAUUCUAAUGAUACAAAUAAUAGUAAAUUUACUCCAAUACAAUAUCCUGAUGAUCCAAAAGAUACUUCUUAUACUCAACAAUUUAAGCAUUUAUGGGUUCAAUGUGAAAGUUGCUUUGGAUUAAAUUAUAAGAAAUUUUUUAAAUCCAAAAUGAAUAUUUGCAAACACUGUGGAGAUCAUUUGAAAAUGAGCAAUUCAGAUAGAAUCGAACUUUCGAUUGAUCCAGGUACUUGGAAUCCUGAAGACAUGUUUUCUCUGGAUCCCAUUGAAUGGGACAAACCUUAUACAGAAGACGAACCUUCAACGGAAGACGAAUACAAAUCUUCUACGGAAGACGAAUACGAACCUUCUACGGAAGACAAACCUUCUAACGAACCUUCGACGGAAGACAAACCUUAUACGAAAGACGAAUCUUCUCCAGAAGACGAACCUUCUACGGAAGAUGAAUACGAAUCUUCUCCGGAAGAUGAACCUUCUACGGAAGACGAAUACGAAUCUUCUACGUAA